CGGAGCGCGGGGAGGGGAGAGGGACCCGACCGGCGGGAUUCCCGGCCGGACCGGCUCCGCUGACGUUUCCCCGCAGAAGUUGAACACUUCUCCCGCUGGUCGGCGCGGCGCGGGGGUUGGCCCCGGCGGGCGGGCGGGCGAGCAAGCGAGCGAGCGAGCGAGCGAGGCAGGGGGGAGAAAUCACGGGGUCUCUGUCUCUGCCCUCCACGUCUCUCCCCUCCACGUCCCUUAAAUGCCCGCAGAGGAGCCCGAGCGUCCGGCGGGGUGACGGAGGGAGGGGCUGACGGCGGCCCGGAGAAUCUCUCGUCGGGCGGGCCCCGCUCGCUCGCCGGCCCCGACCCACACCUUUCCGCCGCCGGAGGGAGCGGAGCCUUCGGGGCCGCUGCCCGUCUCUUCCCCCGACCGGUGCCGCCCACCGCCCUGGGCUCCGGGGCGUGGGACGCAGCCCCCCGAGCCGCGCAGCGUGUGGGGAAAGGGGGAGCCGCAACUAACUUGCUGUCUCCAGAUAAAAAAUGAGAUGUGAUGCAUCCUGCAGUCCGUGCACGCCUCCUCUUGCGAAUCGUGCACCGUUCCUCGGUGGAAGCCUUUAAAUCCUAAAAUCCGGGAAAAGAAAAUCAACACAUUAUCAUGGACCUGAGGGAUUUUUACCUGUUGGCCGCUCUGAUUGCCUGUUUAAGGCUGGAUUCUGCUCUAGCUCAAGAACUUAUUUACACUAUUAGAGAGGAGCUGCCUGAAAACGUGCCCAUAGGAAACAUACCAAAGGAUCUGAACAUUUCUCACAUCAAUGCUGCCACGGGGACCAGUGCCAGCCUUGUCUAUAGACUGGUUUCUAAAGCCGGGGAUGCCCCGUUGGUUAAAGUGUCCAGUAGUACGGGGGAGAUCUUCACCACGUCCAACCGAAUAGACAGAGAAAAACUCUGCGCCGGCGCCGCCUACGCCGAAGAAGACGAGUGUUUCUUCGAACUCGAGGUGGUGAUUCUCCCCAAUGAUUUUUUUCGGCUCAUCAAAAUCAAAAUAGUCGUGAAGGAUUCCAACGACAAUGCACCGAUGUUUCCCUCUCCCGUCAUCAACAUCUCCAUUCCGGAGAACACCUUGAUCAACAGCCGCUUCCCCAUCCCAUCAGCCACAGAUCCCGACACGGGCUUCAAUGGGGUGCAGCACUAUGAAUUGCUAAAUGGGCAGAGCGUGUUCGGGCUGGAUAUCGUGGAGACCCCGGAAGGGGAGAAGUGGCCGCAACUGAUUGUCCAGCAGAACUUGGACCGAGAACAGAAAGAUACCUAUGUGAUGAAAAUCAAAGUGGAAGAUGGAGGCAGCCCCCAGAAAUCCAGCACGGCCAUACUGCAAGUCACGGUAAGCGAUGUUAAUGACAACAGGCCGGUGUUUAAAGAGGGUCAGGUGGAGGUUCAUAUCCCAGAGAGUGCCCCCGUCGGCACCUCCGUAAUCCAGCUCCACGCGACCGACGCGGAUGUCGGCAGCAACGCGGAAAUCCGCUACGUUUUUGGCGCCCAGGUCGCCCCGGCCACCAAAAGACUCUUCGCUUUAAAUAACACCACCGGGCUGAUUACGGUUCAGAGGUCCUUAGACCGAGAGGAGUCGGCUAUUCACAAGGUGACGGUGCUGGCCACCGACGGCAGCUCCACCCCAGCUCGCGCGACAGUCACCAUCAACGUCACCGAUGUCAAUGAUAACCCUCCCAACAUAGACCUCAGGUAUAUUAUAAGCCCCAUCAAUGGCACGGUGUACUUGUCUGAGAAGGAUCCCGUCAAUACAAAGAUUGCCCUGAUCACCGUCUCCGAUAAGGACACGGAUGUCAAUGGCAAAGUGAUCUGUUUCAUCGAAAGGGAGGUCCCGUUUCACCUCAAGGCAGUUUACGACAACCAGUAUCUGUUAGAGACCUCGUCCCUGUUGGACUAUGAGGGCACCAAAGAAUUCAGCUUUAAAAUCGUCGCCUCUGAUUCUGGGAAGCCCAGCUUGAACCAGACGGCCCUGGUAAGGGUUAAACUGGAGGACGAAAAUGACAACCCUCCAAUUUUCAGCCAGCCGGUAAUUGAGCUGUCAGUUGCUGAAAACAACCGCCGUGGUCUAUACUUAACAACUAUUAGUGCCACAGACGAGGACAGUGGGAAAAAUGCAGACAUUGUUUAUCAGCUUGGACCUAAUGCCUCCUUUUUCGAUCUGGAUCGGAAGACGGGAGUUUUGACCGCCUCCAGAGUCUUUGACAGAGAGGAGCAAGAGCGUUUCAUCUUUACGGUGACGGCCAGGGACAACGGGACCCCUCCGCUGCAGAGUCAAGCAGCUGUCAUCGUCACCGUGCUGGAUGAAAAUGAUAACAGCCCCAAGUUUACCCAUAACCAUUUUCAGUUUUUCGUAUCGGAGAACUUACCCAAGUAUAGUACCGUGGGAGUCAUCACCGUGACGGAUGCAGACGCUGGGGAAAACAGAGCCGUGACCCUGUCCAUCCUGAAUGACAACGAGAACUUUGUGUUGGAUCCUUUCUCUGGGGUUAUAAAGUCGAACGUUUCCUUCGAUCGAGAACAGCAGAGCUCGUACACCUUUGACGUCAGAGCCACUGAUGGCGGGCAACCUGCUCGGUCCUCCACGGCCAAAGUGACCAUCAACGUCAUGGAUGUUAACGACAACAGCCCGGUGGUCAUCUAUCCCCCUUCCAAUACUUCUUUCAAGUUGGUGCCACUCUCAGCCAUCCCGGGCUCCGUGGUAGCGGAAGUGUUUGCCGUGGACAUCGACACCGGGAUGAACGCCGAGCUCAAAUAUACCAUCGUCAGUGGAAAUGGCAAGGGCCUCUUUCGGAUCGAUCCGGUGACAGGUAAUAUCACCCUGGAGGAGAAACCCACCCCUGCCGACCUGGGAUUGCAUCGCUUAGUGGUCAACAUAAGCGAUUUGGGUUACCCUAAAUCUCUGCAUACUCUCGUGCUGGUUUUUUUGUACGUAAAUGACACUGCAGGAAACGCCUCCUACAUUUACGACUUAAUACGCAGGACUAUGGAGACCCCUUUGGACCGGAACAUAGGGGACAGUAGCCAGCCCUAUCAGAACGAAGACUACCUUACCAUUAUGAUCGCCAUAGUGGCUGGCGCUAUGGUCGUCAUUGUAGUGAUCUUUGUCACAGUUCUGGUUCGCUGUCGUCACGCGUCGAGGUUCAAAGCUGCUCAGAGGAGCAAGCAGGGUGCCGAGUGGAUGUCUCCCAACCAGGAGAACAAGCAGAGCAAGAAAAAGAAAAGGAAGAAAAGGAAAUCUCCUAAGAGUUCCCUCUUGAACUUUGUGACCAUCGAGGAGUCUAAGCCUGACGAAGCAGUCCAUGAACCGAUCAACGGGACAAUCAGCCUUCCAGCCGAGCUGGAGGAGCAGAGUAUAGGAAGAUUUGACUGGGGCCCGGCACCACCGACGACCUUUAAGCCUAAUAGUCCUGAUCUAGCUAAGCAUUACAAAUCUGCCUCUCCACAGUCUGCUUUUCAUCUCAAACCAGACACUCCAGUAUCAGUGAAAAAGCAUCAUGUGAUUCAGGAACUUCCCUUGGACAACACCUUUGUCGGGGGUUGUGACACCCUUUCCAAACGCUCUUCCACUAGUUCAGAUCACUUCAGUGCCUCAGAGUGCAGUUCCCAAGGAGGCUUCAAGACAAAGGGCCCCUUACACACCAGACAGGACCAGUCCCAAUAUGAUGACCAGGCCUUGCAGUCCCAGCGCCGUGUUACAUUUCACCUCCCCGAUGGCUCCCAAGAAAGCUGCAGUGACAGUGGUCUAGGAGACCAUGAGCCUGUGGGUAGUGGAACCCUGAUCUCACAUCCUCUCCCUCUGGUUCAGCCACAGGACGAAUUCUACGACCAAGCCUCACCAGACAAGAGGACUGAAGCUGAUGGCAACUCUGACCCCAACUCUGAUGGCCCUCUCGGGCCCCGAGGUUUAGCUGAAGCGACAGAGAUGUGUACUCAAGAGUGCUUGGUUUUGGGUCAUUCUGAUAACUGCUGGAUGCCUCCAGGCCUGGGUCCAUACCAGCAGCCGAAAUCACCUCUUUCCACUUUUACAACACAAAAAGAGUGGGUUAAGAAGGACAAACUAGUGAAUGGACACACUUUGACAAGAACCUGGAAAGAAGACAGCAACAGGAACCAGUUCAGUGACCGCAAGCAGUAUGGCUCCAGUGAGGGUCAUUUCAAUACUGGUAACCACAUGACUGACAUUCCUUUGGCUAAUUUGAAGUCCUAUAAACAGGCUUCAGGGUCUGUUGAGAGUCCAAAGGAGCACCAACUAUAAGAAAUGGCUCCUUUGGACCUAGUGACUUUAGCCUAUUUAGACUUGCUAUUACUGUGUUUGUGUCAGAGCUUUAUGUAUUGGUAGAUCUCUUUAACUAUGCUUCACAUAACAGGGAUUGGCAUAUCUUCAGGUUAGCUCUAUGGUAUGUUGUCCCACAACAUGAGAGAAAACAUUUCUUCUAGUUGUGUAGUUUUAUUUAAUAGAAUUGAUUAAACUAUACAGAGAUCUCUCCAGUGCGCAAAAGUCCUUUUUUUGAUUUUUGGUUGUUAGAUAUUUUUUUUUGACCCUGGACUGCUGCUAUGAAAAAUAGAAGAUGCAUUUGGAGAAAGAAAGAAAGUUCAGUGGAAUGAAAUGGUUGACAAGCAUAUCCAGUUAGAAGAUUGUGCUCUUGUUGUCAUUGAUCUGUGCUGGGACCACUAUACUUGACUUCAUAUUUCAAACAAAGCAAUUAAAAUGAUAAACAUUAAACCUAUUGUGCGAUAACAACAUUAGUGGACACUUGUAAGUCAGUCAGUGUUCAAGUACUUGUAUAUAGAAACAAGUUAUUGCUAACAACUUUUGUGUACUAAUAACGUUCACUGAAAAGAUACUGUAGCAUAAUUCUGUGUUUCACUGUACGUUUUUUAUGUUGUUUCAUUUGCUUCUUGUUGUUUGGUUUAGCUUUUUUAUUUUAGUGAUGUGUUUCUGUGCUAGUAGUCUGUCUGACACACAAUGUUCCAAGGAACUCAAAACACUUGUGUUAAAAUGAAGAAAAAAGAAAUCCAGAAUUUUAUUUUUAAUAAACAAUAUGACAUUCUGGUUAACAAUAGUUUGCAAAUAUUUAGGAACAAAAGGACUUAUAUAAGACCUUUGAAUCUUCAGAACUAUUAUUUUUGGAUUCUAUCUCCCUAUGCAUGAAAAUUGCAAAUUGCAACUGUUUAAUAAUAAUAGGAGAGGGAGGUCUCAGAAAGAGCUUCCAUUUUGAAUAUGAUGAUACCACGUCUGCUGUGUGAUCUUUCAUGAAAUGUAAUUAAUUUAAAAUUUACAAUUGGGCAACUGUGUGUCUAUAAUGAGGACAGUUUGUAUUGUUGAAAUGGCAGCUUUUGUGUUGAUCCUCAUCUAUAUUAAUAUUGAAGUAACACAAGUGUUUUUUGACCUUAGCUACAAAAUAUUUAAUGUGUUGUGCCUUCAUGAUGUAACAGAGCAUUCUCCUGGUAGGCUAGUUGGGGAAAAUAAAGGGUUUAAUCUCUAAUUAUUGCUGUUUAACUGUUUGUUAUCAUAGUUGGUCAAUGCCUGGCAGGUACCAGCAUCAUGUCACUUAAGUCAAACUAGCAGAGUGACUCCUAAUAUUAAUAAGAUCUCAGUUGCACGUACAAACAAAUCCAAAUUUGAAUAUUCUUAGGAGGUUUUUGUUAAGCAUGACAGAUGAUUUAAACAAAUAAAUAGCAUGCAAACAAAGUCCUUACCAAGGCAAAUGAAAGUUAUAUUACACCACAGUUAAACAUCAGUUUUAAGUAAGAAAGUUUGCUAAUCUGAUAAUUUGUUCUUACCAAAAUAAAGUUAUUUUGUAUAUAGCAAUUCACUUUUUUUCCACAGUAUAACGGUAUAAAAUGGGUUGGGGUGCAUUGCUUAUUGCAGUACUUAUGUCAGUUUGUGAGGGGUGUUUGAUGAUUUUGACAGAAUUAGUAUCUAAACAGUUAUAUCCUUGUUACUGCUUUGCCAGUUAAACGUUAUUUACAAUUACUCAGCUCUUGCAAUAAAUGUUCUGAAUUCCUGA